UCGUACCUACAUUCUCGCCUGCUCACCACCAAAGAUGGCGUUUUGCUGAGUGCUCAUGGAUACACACAUUUUUCAGCUCGUCGUUAUCUUACUUUAAAAACAAAUUAACUGCAUAGUGAGCUACGACUCCCCGUCAACCUGAAGCCACCAUGCAGAUCACUCUGAAGACCCUGCAGCAGCAAACCAUUCAGAUAGAGAUAGAUCCCGUUCAGACGGUGAAGGCCUUAAAAGAGAAGAUAGAAGCAGAGAGAGGGAAAGACAGCUUCCCCGUCUCCGGGCAGAAGCUGAUUUACGCCGGGAAGAUCCUGCAAGAUGACACGCCCAUCCAGGACUACAACAUCGACGAGAAGAACUUCGUUGUGGUGAUGGUUUCCAAGGUAAGACACGCUCAAUACUGCAGAAAUCACUGA